GACUUGUCCGCCGAUGACUGGGACCUGAUCGACCGCAUCACCAGUGAGAAGGCUUUACACAUCGCUGAUGAUGUAAGAGCCAGGCACUACAAGAAGUUUCAACAUUUGCAUGAGGCCCAGCACACACCCAGCCCACCUGACAGCAAGAAGACAGUGGUCAACCUGAGUGAUGUGCCAUUGGAUGAAGCGGCUUUCUGGGCCAUGAGCAAAGGCCUCAACUUUGCUGUGGCUCCGAAGUCCGUUCCCGUCAAGGAUAUCCUGUGCGGGGUGGAGAAAGUGAUAGUGGCCCUGCCUGUAGAGACUGCGGAGGAGAUCCGACAGGAGACGGUCAGGAUUCUUAAGAACUCCCGCAAGCCAAAUGACAAUCUGACUGGCGCCGAGAGAAGAGCCCUUCGGUCCUUAAAAGCCAAUGAGGCGCUCACCGUCCUUCCGGCUGACAAAGGUAAUGCGGCCGUGGUACUGGAUACGUCUGACUACAACCGGAAGAUCGCCGCCGUCUUGGAGGAUAAGGCUUACAGGAAGUUGAAGAAGGAUCCUACUGAUGCCAUAGAGCGGAAGACUGUCCUUCUUCUGAAAAAGUCCCCGAUUGCUGAGGAGGUCUGCCAACAGCUACGACCUCAAGGUUCCAGGCCACCUAGAAUCUAG